AUGGAGAGUGCGUUCUCCGUUACAGGAGGGCAAAGGAGGGUGGGCAGGGACAAAGGGGCUUUGGGAGAGGGCAAAGGAGGGGUGGGCGAGUGGACAAAGGGGCUUUGGCGAGAGGGCAAAGGAGGGGUGGGCGAGGUGGACAAAGGGGCUUUGGCGAGGGGCAAAGGAGGGGUGGGCGAGGUGGACAAAGGGGGCUUUGGCGAGGGGCAAAGGAGGGGUGGGCGAGUGGACAAAGGAGGCUUUGGCGAGGGGCAAAGGAGGGGUGGGCGAGUGGACAAAGGGGCUUUGGCGAGGGGACAAGGGAGGGUGGGCGAGGGGACAAAGGGGGUGGGCGAGGUGGACAAGGGAGGGUGGGCGAGUGGACAAAGGAGGGUGGGCGAGUGGACAAAGGAGGGUGGGCGAGUGGAAAAGGAGUGGUUGGGGUGGACAAAGGAGGGGUGGGCGAGUGGACAAAGGAGGGGUGGGCGGUGGACAAAGGGUGGUGGGCGGUGGACAAAGGGGUGGGCGAGUGGACAAGGAGGGGUGGGCGGUGGACAAGGAGGGGUGGGCGAGUGGACAAAGGAGGCUGGGCGAGUGGACAAAGGAGGGUGGGCGAGUGGACAAAGGAGGGUGGGCGAGUGGACAAAGGAGGGCGAGGGACGAGAGGGUGGACAAAGGGGAGGGGUGGGCGAGUGGACAAAGGGGGGUGGGCGAGUGGACAAAGGAGGGGUGGGCGAGUGGACAAAGGAGGGUGGGCGAGGGGAGGGGGUGGGCGGAGGGGUGGGCGGGCGGUCGACAAAGGGGGGCAGCGAGGCGAGUGGACAAAGGGAGGGUGGGCGAGUGGACAACAAGGAGGGACGGGCAAAGGAGGAGGGGUGGGCGUGUGGACAAAGGGAUGGGCGAGUGGACAAAGGAGGGCGGGCGAGUGGACAAGGAGGGUGGGCGAGUGGACAACGGGGCGGGCGAGUGGACAAAGGAGGGUAG